GUUCAGUGGCGUAGAAACGUUGACACAAUGAGGUACGGUUUCAAAGUGUCGAUUGCACGGUGUUGAGAUUCAAAGCGGCCAAAUACGGACGCGAAACGCUAAUUUUAACAUUCAAAUCAAUAGAAGCAAGCGGUGGUUGUGCGAGCCUAAGAGCAACGCCUCCAAAAAAAUAAUUUAAAUUAAAUACAAAAAUAAAUAAAACAUUGGCGAUAAAGUGCGUGCCGUGCGUACGGUUCGUUUGUGUGUUUCGGUGAAAAUAUUUAAUUUUGAAUUUAGAAUUUCACUUGCACAUAUGUAUUUGUUGUUUUUGUUGAUUACUAAAAGUUGAACAGCCGAAACACGAUACUCGACGUUGAUUUUGCAUGAAAAUUGCACAGUUGUCGGCGGCUUGAGUGAGGAAACAAAAAACAUUUUAAACUAAAAAUACAGUUAUUGAAACUUUGAACACAUUUAUUGUGGUGAAACCCGACUGAAGUUUUUUGAAACAUAAACAAUUGAUAUUUCUUGGAAUAUAGCAUGUCAACAUGGAACUGAUAAGAAAGUAUAAACAAGGAAACCUCACCACUGCCGACGUGCGCACUUUAAAUAAUGCCGUUAUAUGUUUUAUGGUAGUUCUCGCAUUAACCUCCAUUGUUUGGAGCGUUACCAUACAUAUAAUUUCCGGUGACUUUUAUCAUGGCAUUCUCGGCGCCAAAUUGGCAUUCCGUGAGCGAGAUUUUCGACAAAUGGAUGAACAUUCCAAAGAGAUUUUCUACCAUGACUUGGACAAAUUGAUAAAUGAAACAUAUAUCGAAAUUGAUGUGGACGAACAGGUAGAGGAUGACGAAACCACGCUGACGCCAUUGGAAUCUAAUGCCACCACCAAGCAGCCCAAGGUGCGCAAAACCUAUCACAUUUUCCAAUUGGUACGACCCGACAAAGACGAAAAUAAAUCCGAAGAGGACGUGUUGUCGGAGGAGGUGAGCACUACGGCGCUGCCAGCUGCGAAAUUCAAUAUGACGCAUGAUCGCCAGUUUUUGGCUACAAUGAUGCUGGACGUACACAAAACACGUUGGCGCCAAAGCGCCGCCGUUCAAUUCAUUUAUAGCUUUCCUUUUUUGUCGGAAAUCUUUGCGAUAAUAUGGACUGCAAUGUGUUUAAUAUUUCAAUCGGGUGUGCAAAAAUAUUGGGGACUUCCGAAACCGUGGCGUAUUGUCAUACCCUCCAUACUGGUAUUCUCCCUCAUGACACUGGGUACGCUGAUCUACACAAUUUUGGCCAGCACCUAUUUAAAGAAUCUCUGCAAUGGACUGCGUGAAAAUUUGACAAAGCCCGAUGCGAUCACCUGCGGCCAAGCCAUCUCCGUGCUGCGUCCCUUCAUUCGACAACACGAAUUCAAACACGAUGUCUACUUGAAUCUCUUCCGUUUCGCCUACAUGUUCGCUUUGGUCUUGUGGCUGCUGGCACUGCUGUUGAUGUUGCUGCGCUACUUCUUCGCCAUCGAUUUCCAACUGUUGGAUGUACAAUCCUUGUAUGAUAACAAAUUGGCGCGUCGUUUAAGCCGUCCGGAACCGGAGUUUACGGAGGUGCUCUUGGACACAGCUCAGUCGCCCACUCUGCUACUGCCACGCCACGAUCGCAACAAGUCGGAGGAUGAUUUUCAAAGUGCCAAGUCGAAUUUGAGUGAAGUGGCAAUGCCGUUAAUCGACACCGGCAAGCCACGUUCAGUGCUGGUGCAGUAUGCGCCAACGCAGCAACGCGUGGUUUAGUUUAUACAGCACCUGACACUGUUAAGUAGAGGCUUAACCAAAUCUAAGUAUGUACAGGCGACAAGGUGGGAGACGCGUAUAAUUUUGCGCAGAAGCGUUUCAAAACAGUUUUACCUCAGGAAUCUUAUUUAAUUGAAAACUGCACAAUUUCUCA